GUUUGUUCUACUCUACUCUAGUGUCGUAAACUACAGUAUUUCCAACCUGAAGCAGCAAGUCGCAAGUCGAGAAACAGCUUCAGCCAUGGCGACGAAAAAGCCCAACGUUUUAUCUGAGAAGGGGGAGGUGGAAGAACGGAUUCUGAUGGAACCUUAUGAGUACGUCUGUCAGGUUCCCGGGAAACAGAUCAGGUUGCAGCUGAUUGAAGCGUUCAACUACUGGCUGCAGAUCCCACAGGACAAGCUGCAGACUAUCAGCAAUGUCGUGCAGAUGUUACACAACGCCAGCCUGCUCAUCGAUGACAUUGAGGACAACUCCAAACUAAGGAGGGGCAUCCCUGUAGCACACAGUAUCUAUGGCACUGCUCACACCAUCAACUGUGCCAAUUAUGUGUACUUCAAAGGACUAGCAACAGUACUGAUGUUAAACCACCCCGAAUGUACCCGCAUUUUCACCGAACAGCUUUUGGAGCUCCACCAGGGCCAGGGGAUGGACAUCUACUGGAGGGACACCACCACAUGUCCCAGGGAAGAGGAGUACAAGGUCAUGGUCAAGAAGAAGACAGGGGGACUGUUUGGGCUGGCAGUGAAGCUGAUGCAGUUGUUUAGUGACAACAAGAGUGACUUUGUCCCGCUGUCCGACACGCUCGGCCUGUACUUCCAAAUAAGGGAUGACUUUGCCAACCUCAUGUCCAAAGAGUACACAGAGAACAAGAGCUACUGCGAGGAUCUGACGGAGGGAAAGUUUUCGUUCCCGAUUAUCCACGGAGUCCACCAUGAACAGGGCACCACGCAAAUUCUCAGUAUACUCCGCCAGAAGACCAAUGAUGUAGAUGUGAAGAAGUACUGUGUGGAUUACUUAGAGAAGUUAGGUUCAUUUGAGUACACCAAAGAAGUGUUAAGGGAGCUUGAGCAACAAGCGCUGCAGCAGAUCCAAGACCAUGGGGGGAACCCGUACCUGUCUGCCAUGAUGGUGGAGCUGUGUAAGGUGCACAAGCAGCCUGCAUCGCAGUAGUGGGGCAAGCUUCUGCUGAUGUGGACAAAAAUUGGUGUCACAGAAAGUAGAAAUGAAUACUGGGGAAUCAUGAUUUUAUGCUGUCAUUCCAAAAGUAAUCUUUCAACACAAUGGCAAUGAUGCUACAUUGUAUAUGCCCAUAAUGACAUGUACACUUUUAAGGUGCACCUUUGUCAGUAGACAAGCUGUAAACUAGUUCCUAAUUUCAUGGUUGUGAGAACUUGUGGGUGAUUUUAUUGUUGUUUCCAUUGCCUCAUAUCACAGUUCUCUACAAUCAAAGUAAGUAUCAAUGACUGCAGACAUAUGUAGAUAUAUGUGUACUAAAGAUAUACGCCCUUCUGAUGUUAUUGAACUUAACAAAUCAUACCCAGUUUUUGAUUCCCGCUUCCCAGUUAUUACUACUAGUAUGAUACUAGUAAGUAAAUUUCCAUACCUGAUGUCACGGGACACGGCAGCAAGUUCAGGACCUGGCAGUACGGCAAACCUUAUGAGAAGCAAAAAUUUAUGACUUGCAAUUGUAUUUGUAACAAUCAUCAUGCAUUGUUUCUCGAAAGGACGUUACAGCGCGAGCCUUGGUGCCAGACUCUGAACUGGCUUCUGUGUUUCUUGUGACAUCACAGAUGAAAAUAUUCAGGGUUUUUAUUAAUUUUUCAUCUUGUUUCAUUGAUUAUGCAAAUAAGGAUGUAAUUAGCGUAAACAUGUGUCACAUGUACCAGAAUCUGUUGUAUAUGUGAAAGUCUGUUCCUUUGGCAGAAUUUCAUUUUAUGAAUUCUACAAUCAAAACUGUAUACUACUACUUCUACUAAAUACAAAUGACUAUCAUUGGCCUCCAUCUGUCUAAAGAGACGAUGGGUUUGGGUCAUGGUCGACAUCUUCUUUGGUGGCUGAACAAGCCGAUUCUGGAAUGACAGUCUCUGCCGCAUCCUGCACAUUUGAAGGUGUUUGUGAUGGUAUAGGCUGUCUUCUGACGGCCAACAGGCUGAAUAAAAGGUCAGAAACUUGAA